GUCCUGCGACAGCCCCGAGCCGCGCACGUCGCGACGUUUACCUACCCCAGCGCGCCUCUCGGCACACGCACUUAAACAUUGCGCUGUGAACUAACUACCGCUCUACCUAGUAUGUGCUAAGUGAAUUAACGAUUGCCAAUAUGAAGGGUCGUCACCAGUUCCGACGCAGAUUCAGUCUGCAGCCGUCGUUUAUGAAAGAAGAUCAUGAGGAGGAGCGGAGACCCCACAGGACCGAGCGGACGGAGGACACCGUAUCCAGCAGUGGCAAUCUCACCAACAACGCGGUGCGGCAUAAAAUAGUAGUACUAGGUGCUGCGAAAGUUGGCAAGUCCUCGCUCAUAUCACAGUUUCUAUACAACACGUUCUCGCCAAAGUACAAACGAACCAUAGAGGAAAUGCAUCACGGGGACUUUAACGUGUCCGGCGUGAGACUAACGCUCGACAUACUAGACACGUCGGGGGCUUACGAGUUCCCAGCAAUGAGGACACUGUCUAUGCAGUCUGCUGACGCGUUCAUACUCGUCUACGACAUCACUGACGCAAACAGCUUCACAGAAGUAAGGACUUUGAGAGAUCAAAUUCAUGAAACCAAAGACAGCACCGCCGUCCCCAUUGUAGUAGUCGGCAAUAAAGUGGACCUGGCUGAAACUGGUGCGAGACAGGUAGAAUUUCACACAACGGAAUCGGUGGUGACUGUGGACUGGGAAAAUGGAUUCGUUGAAGCUUCGGCAAAGGAUAACGUGAAUGUGUCGCAGAUCUUUAAGGAGUUACUAGUGCAGGCCAAGGUGAAGUACAAUCUGUCUCCUGCCCUGCGUCGGCGCCGGCGACAGUCACUUCCUACUGGGCCCCAGGGACCCCCGGGGUCGAGCCCCACCCCGCCUGCGAAUGCGCCCCACGUCCCGUCACCCGCUCAACUCGCACACUUGCAACAAAUCCGCGAGCGACACAACAGUAAACGUAACUCCUGCGUCAUCUCUUAGACAAGACGCACGCGCCGUUCUUUUCAGUGUUAGAUAAGGAUCUCGGGUAACUUUCGAAUUUUCUAUACGUACCGAUAAAACUAUUUAUAAACUCUAAUUAAAGUGGACUUUGUAUUUGGUCUUCAGUCCGUGCGUAAAAAGGGCAUUUUUAAU